AUGAAUCAAAGCACUCACAGUCAAUUCAGAUCCCCUCAUCCUCCUCAUCCUCCUGUUCCGCCACAGUCACCACCAUCAUGCUCUGCCGACCAACAACAUCAUCCUGUUCUUCCUCCUUUCUCUGUUCCCGGGGAAACUAUAGACGCCGCACAUACCUUGAUCCAACUCGGUCAAAUGUCAUCCAGUUAUCCUCCAAGCAAUAGCAACGGUCGACGUGACGAUUUGCCACCGCUUAGAAACAUGUUUUCUGAAUGGCCACCAAGGCAGCCACCAGAAACAACCUUCCAAUCAUUCGAUCUACCACGUCCCCCUCACCCUGAUAUCCGUGACUUCGAGCAACAACAACAACAACAGCAUCAGCAUCAACAGCAACAGCAACAUCAUCGCUAUCCGGUCGAGCAGCAACAAGGACAUCCGCGUCAACUCCCCCCACCACUCCAAUUCACAACGAUAGCAUCAAGAACUCCAUCUUUAUCAUCAUCUUCAACGCCUGUGACACCAAUGCAAGGCUUCAAGUGUGCAAGAAACUUUAACAUGGCUGUAAAUACCUCUAGCAGCAGUGAUCAUCAUGGAAACGGUCCGCAUGACAACAAUCGCCACGGCAGUAAUCCUCGCGUUAAUGACCAUCACAGCGACAACAACCAUCCCGUUAACGACCAUCACAGCAACAUCCCUCACGUUAAUGACAACCACGGCGAUAACAAUUCCAUCAACGACAACAUCAAUGCCGGCGAUACUGUCCGUAGAGUCCCGCACAGCCCAGAAGCAUUAAGGAGCGAUGGCACAACUGUGACUGACGUGGGUCAACCCAACAACGAUUCCAACAACAACAACAACAACAAUCAGAAUAUGAAUCCAAAUGAUGACAACAGACUUGACGCUUCAAACACAGGCAAUGAAAACAACAGAGGUGAUGGCAGUGCCAUCAAUAAUAAUAACAAUAGAGACAACAACAAUGCUCCUGAACAGCAAGGCAACCGUGGUGACCGUCGAGAAGCAGCGCGACGCCCACGAUGGUCGGGUGAAGAGCGCGUCGCUCUGUUCAAUACAAUAUCAGCUGACAAGUUGCUGGAAGACAUGUCUACUUUCAAUUGGGAUUCUAUCUCUGACAGAGUCGGUCGCUCACGCAAGGCGUGUAAGGAUCAGUGGCGUCGGGAAAUCCUCAAGAUUAUCCGGGAACUUCUCCGGGGUAAUCGUGGGCGACGACGCGCCCGAAGACGUGCUUUAUCACAACAACAGCAAGAACAGCGCACGGAAGUGGAUGAACUCGCUGAAGAGCCAAGUGACGAGAGCGACGAUAGCUUUGUAGAAGAAGAAGAAGAAACAAGUACUGGACCCUUAGAGGAGGAGGAAGAUGAACAGAUGGAUUGGGAAAGCACCGCAGGCAGUGAACAUAACGAUCAACAACAGCAACAGCAAAUAUCAUGA